CCAAUACCGGAAUAGUUAACCAUACCCACUCCAGGAUGGGAUCUAUUAUGAGUACGGGAAUUGUCCCAGGAUCAGCUGGGGGACAAGCUGGCUCAAACACAGCCACCCACUAUCCAGUUAACCAGUUUACUAUGGGGGGCCCGGCUAUUUCUAUGGCAUCUCCUAUGUCUAUUACCACCAACACAAUGCAUUAUGGGAGUUAAAAUUAGCCUAUUUCUCCCACCAAUGCCCAGCACUCCUCCUACCUCCCUCCUCCGUGUCCUAUCUUCAUACUGACAUCAACAGGAUACCAAAUGACGCAGAGUGGUCUCUGCCCCUUCAUCUCUUCCAUCCUCCCUUUGAAGUCUCUGCAGUAUCGUGCUUUAGAUAUCUGCACCUUUUUUUAUCAUCUUUUCCUUCCUACUUGGUACUUCUUCUUUUCUUUACUCCUUCAACCACACUUUUUACCUCUUCUCAUGUAUUUCCUAUUCUCUCUCCUUGCUCCUUUUAUCCACAUAUUUCUUGCCUCAUUUGUACCACAACUUAAAGCAAAUGUUUGCUUUCUGAAACGGACUUGUACAAUUUUUUUUUUUUAAUGAAAUGAAAUACUAAAACCUCACCGAGCGUCCAAAAAAAGGAUCAAAAGGGGAAGUGAGGGGGGAAAGAACGUUGAUUCACCGUAUGUUACUGAAGAAGCAAAAUUAUAUAUUGCUUUACAAAUCUGUUUAGCACAUUCAAAACUAUAGUCUUAUUGGCAUUGCUGUGAAUUGGAUUAUGGCUAUAUUAUGUAAUAUGCAGAUUGGGAUAUGGGGUUGAGGUAUCCUAUGUUGUGUUGCACUGCAUACAUAUGGCUGGCUGUGUCUUUUCUAAAUCAUGAGGCCCUUAUUUGAUCACUUCUGCGCUGAAUAUUUUAACUAAUUAAUUGGGCCUUUUUAGAGAUGUUGUCUCAGUAAUAUCUUCAAAAGCCUUCCAGCAAAAUAAGAGAAGAUGUUGGACAUUUGAGCUGUAAAACUCAAAUGUAAAAUCUUUCCUAUGAUAGGAUUUUCUUUUCUGUCUGGGUACAUGAAAUUAACCUUUUUAACCUUCCAGCAAACUAAAGAAGGGAUUUGAAGUGAAAGUGCUUCAUGGAUUCAAUUAUGUGAAUAUUAGCUCAUUUAGAAUGAAAAAAAAAUGGACGUUUGUCAGUAUUUAAGUAUAGGGGUUGCUGUUUUAAUUCUAGAUCAUGUAGAUGGCCCUUUUCUCUAAGGGAUUUUGCCAUGGUAGUUUAAGGAGUUCCACACCUAUCUUGAGAGCUUUCUCAUGGAAUUAAGCAGGUGGAAGAUAGUCCCAUUACAUAUCAUUGCAAUAACUGCACUUUUGAGGGUGGUGAAGGGUAAUAUUAGAAAAUGCCCUAGGCAAAUGUGAAAUUUAAUGCUUUUCACCCCGCUUGCUUCUGUUGGGAAUUCUUAGACAUUCUCUGGACAUAUCACAGAUUCCGUUAAUAUUACCGGGGCUCCCCCUCUAAAACCACCUUCCUACCUCCAGGUUUCUUAAUUUGCUUUAAAAUGUUUAAAAAUGCUAUGAAUUAAUCCAGAUUGACCCAGUUGUCCGUCCCUAGUUAUUUUUUUUUUUUUUUUUAAGUCUCUGUAGAUUCCUCUAGUAUUAUGGCCAUGUGCUUGUAAAUUAGCUUCACCUUUAGAUAACCCCGAUAGUACCCCCCUCCCCCAACAUUUUUGUUGUCUUUUUACUAAGGGAUUAAAAUUGCUCUUCACAAGAUACCUUUUUUAUUAUCCCACAAUUUUUUUUUGUAUGUGCUCAUUGUUAUAUAGCAGCCUGUAGGUCUAGGAAUAAUUUUCAGAGGUAAUUUACAGGGCGAGUAAGAAACCAUUGCUUACACAGCUGCUGUUCUCCAUUCUGCCUGUAGUGUUCAAUAAAGUUGGGAGGGAUUUUUUUUGGAA